AAACCCUAGACUGAAAAUUUGAAGCCAAAGGCCUGGGUUUGAUUGAUGUGCCUGAGCUUGCGAGCAUGGAUCAAUGGAACGGUGACGAUUUCUCAGCUGCUUCAGCACCUUCUUCUGCUCAGCCUCUUCUUUUGCCCUCCUCCAAUCGCUCCCACAACUCCAACUCUGAGUCCAGACAAAGGCCUGAUGUGGAGACGAAGGACCCAAUUGCUGCAAGAAAAGUUCAGAAAGCAGACCGUGAAAAGUUGAGGAGGGAUCGACUCAAUGAGCACUUUCAUGAGUUGGGCAACACACUAGAUCCAGAUAGGCCCAAGAACGAUAAGGCAACAAUCCUUACAGACACAAUUCAAAUGUUGAAGGAUUUAACUGCUGAUGUCGGCAAACUAAAGGCCGAGUGUGCCGCGCUUACUGAUGAAUCCCGUGAGCUAACACAGGAGAAGAAUGAGCUAAGAGAAGAGAAGGCAUCUUUGAAAUCCGAUAUUGAGAAUCUAAAUGUUCAGUAUCAGCAAAGACUGAGAGUUAUGUUUCCAUGGGCUGCCAUGGAUCCUUCUGUUGUUAUGGCUCCACAAUACUCAUAUCCAAUGCCUGUAGCUGUUCCUCCCUGCUCAAUUCCCAUGCACCCGUCACUUCAGCCAUUUCCUUACUUUCAAACUCAAACUCCUGCUGCUAUUCCCAAUCCCUGUUCAACUUUUGCCCCAUAUCAAGCUCCUGCCAAUCCUCAUGUAGAACAGCCGGCACCCCAGUAUGCAUCUGUUUCCCACCUUUCAAGCAAACAAGAUUCCAGAAGCAAGUCAUCAGAUAUGCAAAGGGGGAGCAAUGCUGAAAGAUGUGAUGACUCCAAUGAUGUGGCAACCGACCUUGAACUUAAGAUGCCAGGAUCUUCGACACAACAGGAUUCAUCUUCUGGAGGUAGGAAGGCCAAGCAAUCACAGAGGAAGGAUAGGGUUGUUACAGAUGGAAGCUCAUCAAGUAGGUAUUCUUCAUCUCAAGGUCUUCAGGAUAACUCCUCCAACAGCGUAGGUGACGUCCCCAAGUCUAACAAAUGAAACAUAGGUUGCCUGUACUUUGACUUCAUCGAACUGCUAACAUCACAAGAGCUUGUGUUUUCUAUGACACCCUGAUCAUAAGCCGUGGGUCUGAACACCUUCCGGUUUAUUUUGAACACACAAGUUUCCAAUCGAGUUCGAAGUUGCGGAAUCCAGUAUCCAAGCAAGAAAGCAAAGGUUUUCUGUUUUCUAGUAACAAAUUUCCUCAGCACCCGGAAGGCAAUAGAGAGGUUUAUAUAUUUGUAAAUUGUCUUUAAGAUCUGCCUAACCCCUUAGAUUAGAUAUGUUAAAGUGGUGUAAUUGUAAUUGCACAUUCAGUCUAGCAAUUUUGUUAUUUAUUUUGAUAUGUUACUGUGUUUUCUUAUUUUGCGUCACCAUGCAACCAUUUGGCUAAGAGCUUAUUUCAAUAAUUUGA